UUUCCUUCCUUCCGGUAUAACGGUCUAGAGCUGUGUGCUCAUUUUGAAUUACUAGGCGAAUCAAAAUGAAUAAAAUUAUAAUGAAAUUUGUACCAUUCUUGCUUGUUGUGCUAAAAUCGGUGCCGAGCACUGAUGCUGGUUAUUUUCAUCAUGGGCAUGGUGAUGAUAGUGGUGGCGAUUUGGGUGGAUACGGAGACAAUCAUCAUCAUCAAGAUCACGAGCAUGUGCAUUUGGGAACUUUCGUUGGGAAGCAUAGCCUUCCACCAAAAGUCAUUCACAUCACCAAAACUGUUGCUGUUAAAGUUCCCGUUCCAUAUCCAGUCAAAGUACCUCAUCACGUUCCUUAUCCAGUACCAGUACCAAAACCUUAUCCAGUUCAUGUGCCAAAAAUUAUAAAAAUUAAAGAACAAGUGCCAAUUGAAGUACCUACUCAUCAUCAUCAUCAUGGCAGUGAAGAAGGCAAUAAUAAUGAACAGGAUUACGCUGGCGGAUCCCAUUCAGGUUUUGGCGAUAACAGUCAUGAGAACAAUGGUGGACAUGACAAUGAAGGAUUUGGCGGACAUUCAUUUAACCAGCAUAGCUUCGGCGGAAAUGGCGGUUUCGAGCACGGAGGAUUUGGUGGACAGCAAGCAUUCGGUGGACAGGAAGGAUUCGGUGGACAUGGAGGAUUCGGUGGACAAGGAGGAUUCGGUGGACAAGGAGGAUUCGGUGGACAAGGAGGAUUCGGUGGACAGGGAGGAUUCGGUGGACAUGGAGGUUUUGGUGGCCAAGGAUCAUUCGGUGGGUACGGAUUCGGUGGUGGAGAUUACGGGCAAUCUGGGCAUGAUUUUGGAAGUAACUCUGGCUUUGGGGAUAGCGGACAUGGUCAUUCCAGUUUCGGUUCAAGUGGUGGAGACCAAACAAACUUUGGGAACUAUGCAGAAGGUCAUUACGGUGGACAAGACGGUGCAAGUCAAGGACAUGAUAGUUAUGGACAAGGUGAACAAAAUCAGGGUUAUGAUAGCGGUGCUGGCUACGCAGACGCUUACAGCAACCAUCAAAAUCAAAACGAAGGAUAUGGCUAUGAACAGCAAAAUAACUAUGGGGAAAACCAUGGAGAUUAUUCCAGUGGGCAAGUUGAUGACGGUGGUCAUCAACAAGAACACGAAGGUCAAGCCGAUUAUUCAAAGAAAAACUUGAUUUAUUCGAACCCAAAACAUGGAAUCGUUGCGUAUCAUUCACAGACUCCAAACGGAUCUGCCUACCACUAUGAAGCAAAUAACGGACUAUCUCAAAAAUACGAAACUGGCAACCAAUACCAUCACGAAGAGAGCCAUCAGUCCCAGCCGAAUGAGGAGCAGAAAACUGACAGCGACAACAUGAAGGAAUACAGCAACGAGCAAAGGCAAUAUACAAAAGCGAGAAGUCUAGGUUUGCAACAAAUAUCUGCGCCGAAUUUACAACAGAGUGCUGGGAAGGCAAAGAGAAACACAGAAAAAUCAUCCACAAAGUAGGGUAGCAGUUUCUGUGAUAAACAAAUCAAAUUUACAAUUGAAUGGCAGUGGCACGGUCAAGUGCAUUGCUAGCAGUAAGGUUCCUUCAAUUUUUAUUUUAUAGUUAAAUUUUGUUAUUUAGUUUUUAGUACCUCAAUUGUUAACUGAAAGAAGAAACAUUAAGUAAAAUAAAUUAAUAAACAAAAUAAACCUA